GCAAAAACCUGCCUACGUCCUCCGAGAGAUAUUGCUCUUCACUAUGAGAAUAACUAGUACAAUAUACACUUGAGUUAAAUCGACAUAACCCAAACCCCAAUCCCUUGUACCCUCACAGAAUUUUACUAAGAGUCUCACUCUCCCCAAGAGCUUCUCACUCUCACUCUAUAUUUUCUCUCACUUGUGUUCUCCUCUGGAUGCUCCCGCAAUCAUCUUACCCUCUCACUCGGCAAGCCCUACUUAACAUGCAACCCCUUUCUUUCUUUACAUUAAAUUACAAAGAAGGCAAGCACACUUGCAUGAAAGCAAACCAGAGUUUACGGGGUCAUGUUUCCAAAGUCCAAAAGCAAACCUACUCUUGCCUUUUCCUUUGUAGCAACUUUAAAUGAUGACUAUACAAACACAAUCAUGAUUGUCUUCCACAAAACAUGCUCCUUGCUUUGCCUUUUAAUCAAGCUCCAAAGCCACUCACGGGUUACAUUAUUGUUGCCAGCUCAAAAUAUGAGCCAAUCACAACAUGAAUAACUUUGAAGGUGUUCGAAUUCCAAAGUUCAUAGGAUCACUAGAGAAAUUGGAAUACCUCAAUCUCUCUGGUGCAUCUUUCGGUGGAGUCAUUCCCCAAAGUUUUGGAAACCUUUCGAGAUUGCUUUCUCUAGACCUCAGCUAUAAUCUUUUUGAACCGAUAGCGAAUGAUCUUCGAUGGCUUCCAACUCUUUCUUCCUUAAAGUACCCAAACCUCGGAGGAGUAGACCUUAGCAAGGCUAAAUCACAUUGGCUUCCCACUGUCAAUAUGCUACCUUGACUCGUUGAAUUGCAUUUGCCCUCUUGUGGACUUUCCGUCCUUCCUCUCACCCUUCCAUCCAUGAAUUUCGCAUCCCUUUCGGUUCUCGAUCUCUCAAACAAUGAUUUCAACUCCACAUUAUCUCCCUGGUUGUUCAAUCUGACUAAACUAGUCACCCUUGAAAUGCACUCAACCAAUCUCCACGGAGCACUUCCAGAAACAUUUGGUAGUUUGACAUCUCUUCGGACGCUUGAUUUGUCGGAAAACUCAAACAUUGAAGGACCGUUGCCAAGAAGCUUGGGAAUGCUAUGCAGCUUGCAGACGGUGAAUCUUCCUAUUAACAAAUUUACUGGUGAGAUUACUGAUUUCGUUGAUAGUUUGUCUGCAUGCACAAACAGCAGCUUAGAGAAGCUGGAUUUGGGAUAUAACAGGCUGACAGGAAAACUGCCGGACUCUUUGGGAAAUCUUAAAAGCUUAAGAUUCCUCAUAUUGCGGUUUAACUCAUUUCAGGGUUCAAUCCCCAAAUCGAUCGGAAAGUUGAAAUCUUUGGAGGAGUUGUACAUUUCAAAUAAUCAAAUGAGUGGGAGCAUCCCUGAAGGUCUUGGGCAGCUCUCGUCGCUGACUGCACUAGAUAUCUCGGAAAACACAUGGGAAGGUUCGAUUACAGAAGCUCAUUUGAUGAAACUUGGAAGCCUUACAGAUGUUUCAAUAUAUAAAAAUAGCCCAAACAUUUCCUUAGUUUUCGACAUUAGUUCCGAUUGGAUACCUCCCUUUAAGCUGAGAUACUUGAACAUUAGGUCAUGCCAACUAGGUCCUAAAUUUCCUACAUGGCUCAGAAAUCAGACUGAGUUGGUCACUUUGGUACUCAACAAUGCUAGGAUUUCGGAUACCAUACCGCAGUGGUUUUGGCAGUUGGAUUUCCAAUUAGAUCAACUAGAUGUCGCUUAUAAUCAGCUAAGCGGCAGGGUGCCUAACUCAUUACGAUUCAUCAGUCCUGGCACCGUUGAUUUGAGUACAAACCGCUUCGAGGGCCCCCUCCCACUCUGGUCAUCAAACAUUACCAUGUUGUAUCUUAGAGAUAAUCUGUUUUCUGGGCCAAUUCCUCGUGACAUUAGUGAAGUAAUGCCCUCUCUGACGGAUCUAGACAUUUCUCGGAACUUUUUGAAUGGAAGCAUUCCCCUGUCCAUGGGUAAUCUAAGCCAAUUAACAACCAUGGUUAUCUCAAGUAACCUGUUGUCUGGUGAGAUUCCUAACUUUUGGGACAGUAUACCAUCAUUGUACAUCCUAGAUGUGUCGAAUAACAGUCUUUCAGGUUCAAUCCCACGAUCCUUAACUUCUCUUACUUUACUCAGAUUCUUGAUACUCUCUAGCAACCACCUUUCGGGCAAACUUCCUUCCAUGAAAAACUUCACUGACAUGAGGAGUCUUGAUCUUGGUGAGAACAAUUUCUCUGGAGCUAUUCCAGCUUCCAUAGGAGAAAGCAUGCCCUCUUUGUUGAUUUUGCGUCUGAGGCUCAACUUGUUUAGCGGAAGCAUCCCUUCGCAGUUAUGUGGUCUUUCCAAUCUCCACAUAUUGGACCUCUCACACAACAAUAUCUCCGGAAAUGUUCCCCGCUGCAUAGGUAAAUUAACUGGCUUCAGUUCCGAUCUCACAGAUAAAGAUACAGAAGAUUAUCUUUACCAGGGAAGAUUGAAGGUAGUGGCAAAAGGACGGGUCCUCGAAUAUAACUCCAUCCUUUACCUGGUCAAUAGUGUUGAUCUCUCAGACAACAACUUGUCAGGAGAGAUGCCUGUGGGGCUAACAAGCCUUACAAGGUUAGGCACCUUGAAUCUGUCCAUGAAUCAUUUGACAGGAAAUAUCCCAGCAAAGAUUGGAGACUUGGAGCGGAUAGAAACUCUUGACCUAUCGAGCAACAAAUUUUCGGGUCCAAUUCCACAGAGCAUGGUUUCUUUAACAUUUUUGAAUCAUCUCAACUUGUCAUACAACAACUUGUCCGGGAAAAUCCCAACAAGCAAUCAGUUUGAAACCUUCGAUGCGUCCAUUUAUGAAGGAAAUGCCGGUCUUUGUGGGCAUCCAUUACCAAAUUGCCAAGGUGGCAAAGAAACGCCUGAGGUUCCAGGUGGAGAUGACGAGGAUGAUGACAGUAAGCUCGAUAAGCUGUGGCUCAUAUUCAGCAUUGUGAUAGGUUUCUGUUUCGGGUUCUGGGGAGUUUGCGGGACUUUGGUCAUCAAGAAGUCUUGGAGAUAUGCGUAUUUCAACUUCGCUGACAAGGUGUAUGCAUAUGUAUUAGCCAUUCUGAAGAAAAGAUCAUAGAAACUGUCAAAUGUUGAAAGCAUAUAUAUGAAUGCAAAUAAG